CAUGCAUAUAUAACAACUCCAUCACUACCCCUUCUUCUUAUCCCCCCUUCUCUAUUCCUCCCCUCGAUCCUCCGAGUUGAUCCGGUCGCUGUCCGGGCCUGUUCCAUUGGAGGAGAAUCGCCCGGGCGGAAGGAGAGGCUUGGAAAGCAAGGUGAUUACUUGACAUGGAUGAACACAUGGGAAGACGAACAGUCGGCGGCCUCCUCUUCACCAAGGGAGGGUCAAUUCUUCUCUUCAGAGAAGACGGUUCGCGCCCCAAGGCUAAGAAUUGCUGCUCGCGCCAUGGUUGUAGCGGUCGGCAUUCAGUUGACAAAGCAAAAGGCAAGGAGGUGCCCAGGGCAGCCGUGCCCAGUGAGUCAGCACCGGCUACCCCCGGGAGAUCGCAAAUUUUGAGGAAGCCCAACAGAAAGCCUCCAUUGCAACAGGAAAGCAGUGCUUCGGACAGCAUCAGCAGGGAUGCAGGAGGCUCCUGCAGUGAGACCGGCAACAGGUCAAGAGACACUCCUGGGCGUGAUCUAUUGGCUCGGCUCAAGGAUAGGGUCAACGCGUCAAGGAAGCGAUCGUUGAACAGGGAGAACAGCCCACCGUCGCCCAACGAACCCGGUGCUAGCUCCCCGAGCAGUAGCCGGUCGAUCUCAAGGCCGUCGCAUCGGGCAGCUUCAAGGAUAAGAAAAACAGAUGACGGUGCAAAUGCAGUAACUGACAGUGCGCACAGAAAUGGCUCUCGAGAUGCUAGGAGGAAUUCAGAGAGGAGUGACGAUGACUUGCUGCUAGGUGAGCAGGUAGCAAGAGACCAUGUGCCUUCUGAUGGGUUUCUUUCUGGAUUCAUGGCAAGAUACAGAAGCGGCCUUCAGGGAGGAGUCUCAUCUCUGGAGGACAGCGUGGAGGAUUCAAAUGGAUACUGGCGCUUUGAUACGGGAGUAACUGAAGAGCUUGAGAACUACUUCAUAUUCAAUGAUCGGCAUAGAGGGAUGAGGAUGGAUAUUGACGGCAUGUCGUACGAGGAAUUGCUUGCCUUGGGGGAGCGAAUUGGUACUGUAAACACUGGCCUUUCAGAUGAUGCGUUGGUGAAGUGCCUGAAUAGGAGCAUUUACAUGCCCACAGCUUCAGGUUCUUAUGAAGAUUGUGACAGAAAGUGUAGCGUUUGCCAGGAGGAGUAUUUAGCCGGUGAGGAGCUGGGCAAGAUGGCGUGCAAACACUACUACCACAUAUCCUGCAUACAGCAUUGGCUCAGGCAGAAAAACUGGUGCCCCAUCUGCAAAUCAGUUGCUCUGCAUACAAACUAGCAAAUUACUUCCCCAGCAAUGAAGUGUAUAGAUUGCCCAUGUCUAGAUACAGUAUUUUCUCUCUGUACUUCUUCAUAGAACAAAUAUGUCAUUUGUUUGGACCUUCAGGCUUCCUUGCUGCUACCUUCAGCUCAGAAUCUGCAGCGACUGGGCACGGAAAAGGAGACAGGGAGCAACUCUUGAAGUGAGAAAUUCCACUUUCUCCUACGGUUGAAGACAGAAGUUGUUACCGGUCAAUUCAUGUUCUUUGUCUGUGUUGUAAAUACAUAUCUUCUCAUCCUUAAUUCUUUUUGAACGGGCGGUUCAUAAUUAAGAAUGCAUGUUAUUUUUUUA